AUGUUCUAUCAUAAAGCUAUUGGGGUUUCAACCUUUUUUCUUUUUGUGGAAGGAAGGGCUGCAUCUCCUAGUGUAUCCAAAGUCCUGGAAUCUAUUCCAGGAGUAAAAGUAAUAUACAGAACAAGAGAUCUAGAAGAGCAACAAGCAAAGAGCCGGAUCUGGAAUGAGACGUGGCUGUCAAGUUUCUUUUACAAACCAUGCAACUACGAGCUUUUUGUGAAGCAAUCUCUUAAUAUGGAGAUGGCUAUUGUCAUGGCAAGGGAUUCUGGAAUGGACUGGAUAAUUCAUCUGGAUACUGAUGAAUUGUUACACCCGGCCGGUGCUCGGGAGUAUUCCUUGAGUCGGUUGCUGCUUGAUGUGCCAAAGAAUGUGGAUAUGGUUAUCUUUCCAAACUAUGAGAGUAGUGUUGAAAGUGACAACAUCAAGGAACCUUUCACCGAGAUAUCCAUGUUCAAGAAGAACUAUGACCAUCUUCUGAAGGAUACAUAUUUUGGUAUGUACAAAGAAUCAACUCGUGGUAAUCCCAACUACUUUUUGACUUAUGGGAAUGGGAAAGCAGCAGCUCGGAUUCAAGAUCAUCUUCGUCCGAACGGUGCACACAGAUGGCACAAUUAUAUGAAAACCCCAAAUGAAAUCAAAUUUGAAGAGGCUGCUGUUCUGCAUUACACAUAUGCCAAGUUUUCAGACUUGACUUCGAGACGAGAUCGAUGUGGUUGCAAACCAACAAAAGAGGAUGUCAAAAGAUGCUUUAUGUUGGAAUUUGAUAGAGCUGCAUUCAUAAUUGCUUCAACUGCAACCGAGGAGGAGAUGAUAAGUUGGUAUCGAGAACACGUUGUGUGGACUGACAAAACACUUAACUUGAAACUGUUGAGGAAGGGCAUUUUGACUCGAACAUUUGCUCCCAUGGUUAUCAUUCAAAGUUUAAGGGAGUCUGGUGUUUUUAGCUCUGUUAUAGCAUCUGCCCCAUUAACUCUCUCAAAGGAAAGUAGUAACUCAUCCAGAGCUGCUGCCUCUAACUCACUUCCCUUAAAAAAGAUUGGUAGAAGUAGAGAGUCUCAAGCAACUGCUAGGAGGGCUUUAGAGAAUGCAGCUGCCGCAACUCAUGAAGCAGCGGUGCCACCUUUGUCUCCGCCAGGUAUGGAUAGGGACUUCAUAAUCGAAGCAUGAUAGGUCUCCACUCAUGAUUGUUGCUGCUUUUCUUCCUCCUAUCAUUGUGGUGGUCAAAGAGAACGCGUAAUGAUGGAGAAGUCUUCGAGCAAGCAUAUUUGUGGUUGGAGUUCAUUCUUGGU